AUGACUACCUUUUGGAAGUAUUUCCCACACCAAAGAUAUCUUCCCGAAGACACCGUCCUUCCGGAGACAGACUCAGGCUCAGAGAGUGAAGUUGUUCAGGAGGUGAGUUACAAGAAGGAAGACGAAAGUGACAAGAAGGAAGAUGAAAGUGACAAGAAGGAGGAUGAAAUUGUGAUUGACAAAGUAUCUGCGGUCGCUACAUAUGAUGCUGACGAUGAGGACAGCUGUCUGAAGUACAGAAUCAAGGAGCUGCGAGAUGAAGCAGAUAGACCCUGGUGGAAGUUCUUUGACGAGUUUGAAUAUAGAGAGUCAAAGGUUGAAGCUUCAAAGCACAAAUGGUAUAAGUGGUAUCCAGAGGGGACCUCAGCAACAGAAAAGAAACUUUUGAUCAAACUAGAUAUCCUGCUUGCCUUCUACUCCUUUGUCGGUUAUUGGGUCAAGUACAUUGAUAGUUCAAACUUGAAUAACGCCUACGUCUCGGGAAUGAAAGAAGAUUUGGGUAUGAAGGGUGAUGAUCUUAUUGACACCCAAGUCAUCUUCACAGUUGGGUCUAUCGUUUUGCAGGUUCCAUGGAUCUUCCUCCUACCAAGAGUCCCUAUCACUUACGCCUUGUGUCUUACAGAAUUGUGUUGGUCGGCCUUUACCCUUGGUACUUACAAGAUUCAAAGUGCCCAAGCCUUAAAAGCUAUUAGAUUCUUUGUAGGUGCAAGUGAAGCACCAUAUUUCCCGUGCAUUCAUUUCCUAUUAGCAAGUUGGUACCUCCCUACCGAAAUCGGCCGUCGAGGUGCUAUUUUUUAUAUGGGACAAUUCCUUGGUGUCUUGACAUCCGGUUUGUUACAAGGUGCAACAUUCCGAAACCUUUCUGGUAUCAACAAUCUAGAAGGCUGGAGAUGGAUGUACAUUGUCGACGGAUGUCUCUCGUUUGCUGUUGCUAUCCUUGCUCUAGUUUGCAUUCCAGGUACCCCUGCCAAAUGUUACUCGUUGUUCCUGACCGAUGACGAGAUUAGGCUUGCAAGAAGGAGAAUGGAAAAGAACGGAACCGACGUGAACAGAGAAACAAAAGCUUUGUUUGAUCUCAAAACCUGGAAAAAAGCAUUUAGUUCAUGGCAUGUCUAUCUUCUUGGCCUAACAAACAUGAUGGGUUUCAAUUCUAACAAUACCUCUUCCGGUAGUUUCAUUUUAUGGCUAAAAUCUUUGGAUACUUAUAACAUUGGCGAGAUCAAUAACCUAUCUACUGUUCCUCCGGCAUUGGGUAUCUUGUAUGUCCUUAUAAUAUGUGUUGGUGCCGACAUGACAGGAAAGCGAUUCUUGUUUGUCAUCAUCUCCUUUCUCCUGAAUUUUAUUGGCAAUACAAUCUUGGCAGUUUGGGAUGUUUCAUAUGGUGCUAAAUGGUUUGCGUUCUGUUUUGGUUACUGGUCCUGGUCACAAUCUUCAGUUUUCAAUCCGUUGAUUAGUGAUUUUUUCAGAAAGGAUACAGAUCUCAGGGCUGUUGCUUGGAUGGCGAUAUACAUAAUUGGUUUACAAUCAAGUGCUUGGAUUAGUAGAUUGAUUUGGCCAACUACAGCAAGUCCACGUUAUUUAGUUGGUUUCUCAACAUGUGCUGGUUUCAGUAUGGGAUUUUGUAUUUGUAUGGUCUUGGCAUACUUUCUCUACAAAAGGGACGAGAGACGUGAAGCGCUCGAAAACGGAAUCUUCUUAUACAACAGUAAGAAUGAACCCAUCCCUGAGUUUGUCCAAGAAAACAAAUCUUUUCUAACACAUCAGGAAUAA